AUGGAUAAUCAUAAUGAUCCAAGUCUCACACCGCCCCAUAGCGACGACAUGAACUUGCCGCCUCAAGAGGAGGAUGAGGAAGAAGAUUUCUACGAAAGAGACCCCAAGCUGCAAGUCGUACACAUCAACGAUGAGCCCGCCCCAAACGUGCCCCAUUACGUUGAAUUAGUGGACAUCUCCCGUGACGCCCUCGAGUCUGACUCCUUGGUUUUCACGCCUCAUGCUUGUCAGACCUAUUUCGAUUGUCCUUGGGACGAACAUCUCUGUUUUCUGACGACCGAUCAAACCAGACAAACCGGUGGUCACCUAAGAUACACUAUCAUACCUGUCGAGUCCCAAAGAGGCACAUUCACGGUGGUCCGACCAGAUGCUAAUUGUGACAUCGAGUUUACUACGGUCACCACUUUCAAUGAACAUUCCGAUAGCCCGAGUAGAGUCAUUAGCGGGGCGUUCAGGUCUCUCGUUCCUAAUACCGACCUUUGGCGCAUAAAUGAUACUACUGAUGAUUCACGUGACCCAGAUACAGUAGCUAUCUUACAUCCUCUUCAGGAUUUCACUAUCAUUGACCCUGGUCUGGCAAACGCUUUGUCUCUCAUGUUAAAAGGAAAUGAAACCUUCGAAAAAUGUACCAUGGACAGUUGGAUGGCUAGGCGGACUGCAGGGACAGUAGAAUCACAGACGGAACAUGGGAGACAAUACACAGAUUGUGAGGAACAACUGACGUUGACUCCGAGAUGA